GUAGGCGUGUUAAACAAUUGGUUAAGAAAAUUUUGUGAAAUAUUUUAAAUUUUUUAAGCGAUAAUAAUUAAGAAAAAUAUGUACGGUGGAGAGGAUUAUGUUAAUGUUGAUUAUUAUGAUGAGUACGUGCACACUGGCGACCCUCAAUUGGACCUGGAGUAUGAACGUUCGUUUUAUGCAAGUCGUAUGCCGGACAACGUGAAAUAUUUCAUAAUAAACUUUUGCCAAGCUAUUAAGGAGGGUGUCAUGUAUGAUAUACAAAAUAUGUAUGAGAAUACUUUUCCUCAAAUAAGCGAUCAUCACUUUGAUAAGUCCGCCUGGCCAGAUGAGGAUGAAGUGGCCGCUUUAGUUGAUAAUGAUAAAGUAUUUUUGAUUUUAUACAAGGAGUUGUAUUUCCGUCAUAUUCAUGCUCGUAUACCCGGUGGUCCGAAGCUGGAGCAGCGUAUUAAUUCGUUUUUCAAUUACUGCGAUUUCUUUAAUUUGAUUAUAUCUUCCCAAAGCCCCGUUUUAUUGGAAUUGCCUGAUGUUUGGCUAUGGGAGUUGGUGGAUGAGUUUGUUUACCAAUUUCAAAAUUUUGCUCAAUACAGAGCUCGCCUAACCGACAAAUCGCCCGAGGAGAUUCAUCAGCUAUGUAUAAAUCAUAGUAAUGCGUGGAGUAUUUUGUGCAUUCUUAACGUUCUACACUCUUUGGUGGAUAUUUCAAAUAUUAAAAAACAAUUGGAGGCAAUUUCUCAAGGCAAUGAUCCCCAGGCUGUGGCCGGGGAAUUUGGUGAACUUUCUUUUUAUAAAAUGCUAGGCUACUUCUCUUUGGUGGGUUUGUUACGUGUGCAUUCCUUGUUAGGUGAUUUUUAUCAGGCCAUUAAAGUUUUGGAGCCCAUUGAAAUUCAUAAGAAAUCGCAAUAUUCACAUAUACCAGCUUGCCAGAUUUCUACGUCAUACUAUGUAGGCUUUGCUUAUUUGAUGAUGCGUCGUUACUCUGAUGCCAUAAGGACUUUCUCUGAAAUUUUGCUAUACAUACAACGUACGAAGCAAUUGUAUAGCACGCGUUCUUAUCAAAAUGAUCAAAUUAACAAACAGGCUGAACAAAUGUACCAUCUUUUGGCCAUUUGUUUGGUAUUACAUCCUCAAUGCAUUGACGAAUCUAUACAACAGGUCUUACGUGAGAAGAAUUAUCACGAUUCCAUGUUUAAAAUGCAAUGUGGGGACUUGGAAAUAUUCAAAUCGUUCUUUUUAUUUGCUAGCCCACGCUUUGUCAGCCCUUGUCCACCUGCAGCUGAUGCACCCAUGGAGGACUACGUAAAAGAUCCCAUGGAACAUCAGCUACAAGUCUUUAUGGAUGAAGUACGUCAACAGAAAGAUUUGCCGACCACGCGAUCAUAUUUAAAACUCUACACGACUCUUCCAUUGUCCAAGCUGGCAUCACUUAUCGAUCCCAAUGCCAAUGAAGACGAUAUUUCGAAGCUUUUAAUACGUUUACUAUGUUUCAAGCACAAAAUGCGUAAUUUAGUUUGGACCAAGGGUUCAAGUGGCCUGGAAGGAACUUUUAAAUCCGGUUCUGAGUUGGAUUUCUACAUAGAUGACGACAUGAUUCAUAUCGCUGAUACCAAAGUGUCUCAUCGUUACGGAGACUUUUUCGUUCGUAAGAUUUUAAAAUUCAAUGAUUUGAAUCGAAAAUUGAAAAACAUUCACAUUUAAGAUCAUUUCGAUUCUCCAUAUUUUUUCUUUUAAUGUAAGAGAAUUAAGAAAAAUAACAAUAAAGAGAGACAUUUUAUAUCCAUCAUUGGAGGAUAUAUCUGUAGCGAUGCUAUAUUUUUAAACUUUUGAAGUCAAUCGCUCAUAGUUACGAAAGCCCUAAAAAAUUAAAAUGUACCGCUGUGGUACGCAGUAGCCAUACUCACUCGGCCAUAGUCUUACUAAGCAUAAUUAAUUUGCUGCAGCUUGUUUGCGCAUAUGGAAA